CGGUCUCUCUCCAAUAAAUUGCCUGCUGGGCCCUAAGCCUUAAGCCACAGAACGGAACGGCUAACUCUGACACCCAUAGGGUUAAAUCCUGAAACCACUUCCCAGUUCCCACUCCCCUCUCAGUCCCUCUUCUCAAAGAAAGCUGGACGCUGUCCCAGCUGCUUACUGCAGCCACAUGCCUGAAGACGGAGCAGCAGUUGAGGAGCAAGCCAUGAAUACCUUCCCUCCAAAAGAGUCCAAGGAAACCCUCUUUGCACUCGUUUCCCCAGACGGGGAAGUACCCCGGUCCUCAAGCCCUCCAAAGAAAACAGCUUUGAAAAUAUGUGGCUCUAACUACCCCCUGAGUAUUGCCUUCAUCGUGGUGAAUGAGUUCUGUGAACGAUUCUCCUACUAUGGCAUGAAAGCUGUCCUGACACUUUACUUUUUGUACUUCUUGCACUGGAGUGAAGACACUUCUACAUCCGUUUACCAUGCCUUCAGCAGCCUCUGCUAUUUCACCCCUCUUUUGGGAGCUGCCAUGGCUGACUCUUGGUUGGGAAAGUUCAGGACAAUCGUCUACCUCUCUUUGGUGUAUGUGCUGGGCCACUUGAUCAAGUCUUUGGGUGCAUUGCCAGUCGUGGGAGGACAUUUAGUUCACACGGUUCUAUCCAUGAUUGGCCUCUUCCUGAUCGCACUGGGGACAGGAGGUAUCAAACCCUGUGUAGCAGCCUUUGGUGGAGACCAGUUUGAAGAUGAACAUGUAAAUGAAAGGAGCAAGUUCUUCUCAGUUUUCUAUCUGUCCAUCAAUGCAGGGAGUUUGAUCUCCAUGUUUGUCACACCCAUGCUGAGAGGUGAUGUAAAGUGCUUUGGAGGAGAUUGUUAUGCAUUAGCUUUUGGGGUCCCAGGAAUGCUAAUGAUACUAGCACUUGUUGUAUUUGUUCUUGGAAGUAAGAUGUAUAAAAAGCCUCCCCCUGAAGGAAAUAUAGUGGCUCAAGUCUCCAAAUGUAUCUGGUUUGCUAUUUCAAACCGCCUGAAGAACCGCUCCAGGGAAAUUCCAAAGAGAAAGCACUGGCUGGACUGGGCUGAGGAAAAGUAUCCGAAGCAGCUCAUUUUGGAUGUGAAGGCACUGACUCGUGUGUUGUUCCUUUAUAUUCCACUGCCAAUGUUCUGGGCUCUUUUGGAUCAGCAGGGCUCUCGGUGGACUCUGCAAGCAACUAGAAUGAAUGGUAACAUGGGAUUUUUCGUGUUUCAGCCUGACCAGAUACAGGUGCUGAAUCCCCUUCUGGUGCUUAUCUUCAUCCCCAUGUUUGAUCUAGGACUCUACCCUCUGAUCAAGAAGUGUGGAAUCAACUUAACGUCUAUUAGGAAAAUGGCAGCUGGCAUGAUCCUGGCAUCUCUAGCAUUUGCAAUCGCAGCAGCUGUUGAGAUCAAGAUAAAUGAACUAACCCCACACAAGCCAGGAGGCAAAGAGGUUUACUUGAGGAUCCUGAAUCUAGCAGAUGAUGAAAUUAAAGUGGAAUUAAUGGGUUAUCAGAACAAGUCUCUGUUUCCAGAGCCCAUCAAGCCCUUUCAGCAAACAAGCCAUUCCAAAAUGAUCCUGACAAUGGAGAGGCAACAUUUUCACUUCCAGCUGUUGUAUCACAACAUGUCUAUUAUCAUCAACGAACAUGUCAUGGAAGAGAAGAACAAAUACAGUUUGGUCAUCCAUGGAAAACAAAGUAGAAUUUCCAAUAUCCUUAUGAAAGAUGCAGUAACCUCAACAGCCAAUGGGAUGGCAGCUGUGAGGUUUAUUAACACCCUGGAUAAAGACAUUAACAUCACGCUAAACAGAGAUGUGUCCGUCAGUGUUGGUCAAAACUAUGGCAUCUCUUCCUAUAAAAUCUUGGAAAGAGGAAAAUACCAUAAUGUGUUAUGUAGGAUGGGAGACAAGGAGCUCUUCUUGGAUCUGGGGCUACUCGACUUUGGUGCAGCAUACAUGGUUGCCAUUACUAAUAGUUCUAAUCAACAUCUCCAGGCAUGGAAAAUUGAAGAUAUUUCACCCAAUCAAAUGUCCAUUGCAUGGCAGUUGCCACAGUAUGUAAUAGUCACUGCAAGUGAAGUUAUAUUUUCUAUCACAGGGCUUGAGUUCUCCUAUUCCCAGGCUCCCCCCAGCAUGAAGUCAGUGCUACAAGCAGCCUGGCUCCUAACAGUGGCCAUCGGCAAUAUUAUUGUACUUGUUGUCGCACAGACAAGUGCCUUGGUGCAGUGGGCUGAAUUUAUCUUGUUUUCUGGUCUCCUGCUUAUUAUCUGUCUCAUCUUCUCCAUCAUGGGCUACUACUACAUCCCUGUGAAGCCAGAAGAUGCUUAUAGUUUAGAGGACACAACGUCUUCCCAUAUCAAAGGGGACGCAAACGAUCUUGUGUCCAAGAAAACAAAGCUCUGACUGUUCCUUUAGUUCUAUUCCAAGCCUUUUUUUACUUGUCCUAAUCAAUUUAACUCUUCUCUAGUCUUGGCUACAUCCAUCACUAAGCAUCCUUCUUCCCGGUGGGCCAGGCCAAAGAAACAGCACCAGUCUCAUCAGAGACCCUGACCUCUGGCUGAGUUUUAUCCUGCCCUUCUGGGAACAGAAGCCCUGGAGGAGAGACCCACUGCACACUUGAGCAAGGAAUCCAACCACUCCAUACCUCAGUCCAGUCACCUAUUCAUGGAAAAUACAGUCUGUCAUACAUUGUUUUGGUGAACUUGGGACAGAUAGAUGGUUAUUCCUCGUGUGUCUAAAAUAAUGUGAAGAACAUAAUCUACCAUGUGUUAUUGUGUAACUGUGACAUUCUUCUGUGUGUAAAUGCGCACCGUUGAGGGAGAAGAGGGAUAUAUACCUGUGUUUGCCAUUUGGAACAUUGCCAAACAUACCUGGUCCUCUGGUCAUUUAACUUUGUACUGUCUGACCCUGGAUUUCUGUUGGUACAAUAGGAUGUCUUGGGCUUAAGUAAACUGACUUAUCCUAAUUAAGGCAUGGGAGAUAAUUGUUAUUCAUACAGUCUACUGAAGAUGCUAAGAGGGUACAAUUUUUAAAAAGUCCUCUUACUUCCAUCUUUAGAAUCAAUACUAUGUUUCUUUCCAAGGCAGAAGAGCAAGAAGGGCUAGGAAAUGGGGGGUAACGUGACUUGCCCAGAGUCACACAGUGACGAAGUAUUUGAGACCAAGACCUCCUGUCUCUAGGUCUUGCUUUAAAUCCAUUGAGCCACUCAAAUAUCCCCUAGGAUACAAUUGAAUAACAGUUUAUACCACUUCACAGUUUAUAGCUGUGUGGUAGGUAGAUUAAUGAUAGAAUGUUAGCUUUUUAACUUCUGAUGGAGGAAAGAAUUUGUAAGUGACUAGGAUGUCUAUAUCCCAAGAGAGAUAGAGGAGACAUGGAAAGAGCUGUGUUUCAGGAUCUGAGUGAUGGGGCCCCUGCACAGUUUCUUCACAGCAGAAAUUCACUCUGAUUCUCUAGCAGAGAGAAUAAAAAGGCAGAAAACAUUGAUUCUGCGUAGCCACAUGAAGGUGAGAAGUAUAAUCAUGUGUGUGCUGGAGUUCAGAAGACACAGUGAUUAAAAACCAGCUAGAUGGGAAGGGAUUUUGUGCCUAAGAGAGAAGGACUAAAAAUAUUGUUGCCAGAGAAAAAACCCAAGUCAAGUUAAAUUUCAUAAUUUCAAUGCUGAGCAAUGAAUCUUAUAAACAACUAGGAAGCUUUCAGCUAUGAAAGUCUUCAUAAUUAUAAUGACAAUAAAGGAUUCAAAACUA